AUGGCCUUUUCUCUAAUGUUCCUUGUGUACACAUGGGUUUCCACAUCAUUACUUAUGGGAUACGAAACACCAUCUCUACCAUGUGUUUUCCCAUUUCUUUAUGAGGGAAAAUUUUAUUCUUCAUGUACCACAGAUGGUUCCAGCAAGGAUAUCUCCUGGUGUGCAUUAACUGAUAACUAUGAUGAAAAACGCCUAUGGAAACAAUGUGCUGUUACUGAGUAUGGAGGCAAUUCAGGAGGAAAACCCUGUGUCUUCCCCUUUCUUUAUAUGAGUCAUGUUUACUACACCUGCGCAGGCAGACCUGACCAUAAAGAGCCAUUUUGGUGUUCUACAACUGGGAGCUAUGAUAAGGAUAAAAAAUGGAGCUACUGUGCUGAUACCAGACUUGAUGCAAAUUAUCCUACUAGUCCAUGCAUCUUUCCUUUUAUCUUUGAAAAUAAACUUUAUUCAACUUGUACAAUAGAUGGAAGAUCUGAUGGAAGGCUUUGGUGCUCUAUUUCAAGUAAUUUUGAUAUUGAGCCUAUAUGGGCAUACUGUGAGCCUUCAGAACCUGCCCCUUGCAGUUUUCCCUUCAUAUACAAGAACAAAUCCUAUUAUUCCUGCACCACAGAGGGAGAUUUAUACAAUCAGCUAUGGUGUGCCACAACCCCAAAUUAUGAUAAAGACAGCAGGUGGAAAUCAUGCUCCUUUCAAGAAUAUGGUGGGAACUCCAAUGGCCAACCUUGUGUCUUCCCUUUCAACUACAAAGAAGAGGCAGUUACUACUUGCAUUGAUGAGGAUGAGAAGAAUGAGACGAAUGGGAGAUUUUGGUGUGCCACAACGGAGAAUUUCGAUGUGGACAUGAAAUGGAGUUUCUGUGCUGAUACACGUUUAAACAAGAAAAAAGAUAUGGAAUCAAAAGAGACCUGUUUUUUUCCUUUUGCCUACAAAAAAAAGGUUUACUCAGCGUGUACAACCGAUGGUACUUAUGGCUGGAAACUCUGGUGCUCCCUCACUGCCAAUUAUAAUACUGAUCAUAAGUGGAAGUACUGUGAACCUUCAGAUUUACCAAGUGAAGAUCCAUGA